GUGACAGCGGAUCUGCAGAAAGGCAGAAUGGGCCCCCGAGCCUGGUAAGAAACUAGGGGGCCCUGGGAGAAGGGAAUCAUGUUGGACGGAGUAUACGUUGGAGGGUGGGAGCACAAUGACAGUCCAGCUCUUGCUGAAACCCAUGUGCUGCCCCUGCAGCCUCCUAGGGCUCCUUGCCCUCUUUGUCGCCGGCAAAUGCAGUUACAGCCCGGAGCCUGACCAGCAGCGGACGCUGCCACCAGGCUGGGUGUCUCUGGGCCGUGUGGACCCUGAGGAAGAGCUGAGUCUCACGUUUGCCCUGAGACAGCAGAACCUGGAGAGACUGUCCGAGCUGGUGCAGGCUGUGUCGGAUCCUGGCUCUUCUCGCUACGGAAAGUACCUGACCCUAGAGGAUGUGGCUGAACUGGUCCGGCCAUCACCACUGACCCUCCACACAGUCCAAAAAUGGCUUUUGGCUGCUGGAGCCCGGAACUGCCACUCAGUGACCACACAGGACUUUCUGACUUGCUGGCUGAGUGUCCGACAAGCAGAGCUGCUGCUCUCUGGGGCUGAGUUUCAUCGCUAUAUGGGGGGACCUGCAGAGACCCAUGUUGUAAGGUCCCCACGGCCCUACCGGCUCCCGAAGGCCUUGGCCUCCCACGUGGACUUUGUGGGGGGGCUGCACCGCUUUCCCCCCACAUCAACCCUGAGGCAACGCCCCGAGCCACAGGUGCCAGGGACUGUUGGCCUGCACCUGGGGGUGACCCCAUCUGUGAUCCGUGAGCGUUACAACUUGACGGCACAAGACGUGGGCUCUGGCACGACCAACAACAGUCAAGCCUGUGCCCAGUUCCUGGAGCAGUAUUUCCAUGACUCAGACCUGGCUGAGUUCAUGCGCCUCUUCGGUGGGAACUUUGCCCACCAGGCAUCAGUAGCCCGUGUGGUCGGACAGCAGGGCCGGGGCCAGGCCGGAAUCGAGGCCAGCCUAGAUGUGGAGUACCUGAUGAGUGCUGGCGCCAACAUCUCCACCUGGGUCUACAGUAGCCCUGGCCGGCAUGAGUCACAGGAGCCCUUCCUGCAGUGGCUCCUGCUACUCAGUAAUGAGUCAGCCCUGCCACAUGUGCACACCGUGAGCUACGGAGAUGAUGAGGACUCCCUCAGCAGCGCCUACAUCCAGCGGGUCAACACCGAGCUCAUGAAGGCUGCUGCUCGGGGUCUUACGCUGCUCUUUGCCUCAGGUGACAGUGGGGCUGGGUGUUGGUCUGUCUCUGGAAGACACCAGUUCCGUCCCAGCUUUCCUGCCUCCAGCCCCUAUGUCACCACGGUGGGCGGCACAUCCUUCAAGAAUCCUUUCCGAGUCACAGAUGAGGUUGUUGACUAUAUCAGUGGUGGCGGCUUCAGCAAUGUGUUCCCACGGCCUUCAUACCAGGAAGAAGCUGUAGCCCAGUACCUGAGCUCCAGUCCCCACUUGCCACCAUCCAGUUACUUCAAUGCCAGCGGGCGUGCCUACCCAGACGUGGCUGCACUCUCUGAUGGCUACUGGGUGGUCAGCAACCAUGUGCCCAUUCCAUGGGUGUCUGGCACCUCGGCCUCUACUCCAGUGUUUGGGGGACUCCUAUCCCUGAUAAAUGAACACAGAAUCCUCAGAGGCCUCCCCCCUCUUGGUUUUCUCAACCCACGGCUCUACCAGCAGCAUGGGGCAGGACUCUUUGAUGUAACACGUGGCUGCCAUGAGUCCUGUCUGAAUGAAGAGGUGGAGGGUCAAGGUUUCUGCUCUGGCCCUGGCUGGGAUCCUGUGACAGGCUGGGGAACACCCAACUUCCCAGCUCUGCUGAAGACACUAAUUAACCCUUGAUCCUUUCUCGCUAGAAGAGGGGGCCUGUCCACUGCCCCACAGCUGGUGGCUCGGUCCCUGAUUCUGCACUGUUGGAGGCCCUGCUAAACCCUCAACUGUUAACUGCCGUAGCUUAUCUCCCUAACCCAGAAAUGCUGUGAGCUUGACUUGACUCCCAACGCUACCUGCUCCCUUAUACUCAGGUCCCCCUGCCCCUGGCCCAGGUUCCUCUACAGAUGCUAUAACCUGCACUGUUUGAGAGCCUCCUCUGCACACCGCCCCCUCUUCCAUUUCUUCUUCUUUUUUUAUUUUUUCAACUUUUUUUUUUCAGUUGUUUACACUGUCUGUGUAGUACGCUAUUUCACUUCAUCUUCACUCCUCAGUUCAUUGCCAUGAGACCUCUGCUCUUACUUUUUCACUUUUUCCUCCCCUGAGAAACACUGAGAAAUGAAGGCCUCCCUGCUGCUUCAUCCAGUGGACACUUCCCAAUCUUUGCUUUGUGGGCGCGCUGUCACAGUAUUCUACUGCCUCUCCUUCCUUAGCGUCCAGGGCUUAACUUCUCCUCUGAUCACUCCCUAUUCCUCCUUCAUUUCCUCUUCCCUCUUUCUCUUUCUCUGCUUCCUCAUCGAAUGUUGUUGUAUUUCAUUGCUCCAUCCUUAGUCUUUUGCUCUUCUCGCUCUACUCAUUGACCCUGGAACAAAUCAAUCACUGGCAUCCACAGCCAUCACCAUCUCACUAUAUCAGACUUUUUAUCCAACAGUGAUUGAUACCUCAAAAGUAAUAUGUGUGAUACUCAAUAUUUCAUCUCCCUUCUUCCCAAUCCUGUUCUCUUCUGUUUCUUCUUUGUAAAUGACACUAUGCUUCUUCCAACCAAGCCAGAAACCUAAAGUGUCAUCCUAGACUCCCUUUUCCUCACCUC